UCAUGAGGAGGCCUCUGUUCAGACUGACCCAGGAGAGAGUGCUGUCCUUGUGGCAGAGAGAGAGCAGAACCACCCUGGCCCCUGGUUCUCUACGGCAACUCCACUCCUGCUCAGCACUGGUCUACAGAAAGCACGGACAUCAGUAUGACACAGUCAGAAUGGAGCAGAUGUCCUUGCCAGCCCUGGGUCAACAUAGUGUCAGACUGAGGAUGUUGGCAGCACCAGUGAAUCCAGCUGAUAUUAACAUGCUACAAGGCACAUACCCAAUCCUUCCAGUGUUUCCUGCUGUGGGUGGGAAUGAGGGAGUGGGGGAGGUGGUGGAGGUUGGUAGGAAGGUCACCUCUCUGAGACCAGGAGACUGGGCCAUACCGUGGGAUGCCGGCUUUGGUACAUGGAGGACAGAGGCAGUGUGUGAGGCUGAUGACCUUCUCCAGGUCCCCAAGGACAUCCCUCUGCUGGGGGCUGCUACCAUCGGGGUGAACCCCUGCACUGCCUACAGGAUGCUGCAGGACUUUGUUACACUCAAACCAGGGGCCACUGUGAUACAGAAUGGAUCCAACAGUGCAGUGGGUCAGGCUGUCAUUCAAAUAGCUGCUGCCUUGGGGGUGAAGACCAUCAACAUCAUCAGAGACAGACCCAAUCGACAAGAGUUGGAGGAGGAACUAAAAUCGAUGGGAGCUGAUUUUGUUAUCACCGAAGAAGACCUGCAAUGUCUGGGUCUGGAUAACGUAAUUCAGGAGCUCCCAAAGCCCAUCCUGGGUUUGAACUGUGUUGGAGGCCGGAGUGGUGGACUUGUCCUCUCUAGUCUUUGUGAUGGGGCAACAUUAGUGACAUAUGGUGGGAUGGCCAAAAAGCCUCUCCAGAUUCCAGCUAAAUCACUCAUUUUUAAGAAUAUAACAUUACAAGGAUUCUGGAUGACGCAGUGGAAAAGAAACAACAGUAAAGAUGUGACGCAGCUACAGGCCAUGGUGACCUCUGUGUGUGAUCUAGUGAAGUCUGGCCAGCUCCAGCCACCUCAUUGUGUCCAAGUUCCCUUCCACCACUACAGCCAAGCCCUCCAGGCCACAGUACAGGCGCAUCAAAGGAAAUAUGUACUACUCAUGUAGUCACAAGCAAAACAAAAAACACAGUAUCCUCCUUCGGGGAAACUUUUUAUUUUGCUUUCUUUUUUCAUUUAU